AUGGGUAUAGACGAUCCAUUCCGCAUCAGCCCCCAAAAUCAAGAGUACCAAGAUUUUCUGCGUUACCCUGAUGCAAACUUUUGGAUGCAAAUUUCCGGUCUCGCAACCUUCAACCCAAGCCGACAGCGAGCCAAGCACAUCGUUCACCCCUGUUGGCGAAUUGCUCACCGAGUCCUUACGACGAGUAUCUUCGGGCGUCUCGAGCCCGGUCAAAUCAACAGAUGGGAAAUUUUCAUCGGGGGACUUAUCACGAUCAUAGGUCGAGCCGUCGGCCUAGACUUCCCGGAUCCCGAGUACAUACCUGUCGACACCCCACCGAACUUCCUGCUAGAUUGUGACACUCUCAUCCGGAUGGAGAUGUUGCUCGAUCGGGGAACCCGCACGUACAGUUGGUUAGACUCUGACAAAGCCCCGGUUUACAUCCUGCCAAGUUGGAUCGGUUCUUCAUUCGAUACAGGCGACCCCGACACUUGGCUUCCUCCAGAUCAAUUGACCCAAGCAGGUGUAUUCCCAGAAUUCGGUGAUGAUGAGGGUGACGACGCAGAGCAACAAGAGGAAGAAGAUGACGAAGAGAACGACGAGAUGCCCGAAGCUGAGGAUCAUUUUGACCAGCCCUCGAUGCAGCAGCCGAUGUUUCCGCAUGAUCAAUUCCAGGCCCCUCCACACCAUUUUGACCAGCCGCAUCAGCAGGAAGGACACGAAGUCCCACCAUAUUUCCCCCCCACGUUCUUUGACCAAUUUGCCACAAUGUUCUCCACGGUGCAACGCAUCGACGCCCAAACGCAAGAAAAUUCGAGAGCCAUCCUAGAUGUGGCAAGCCGUGUUGAUCGAUUGGAGCAGUCCUCCUCUCACACUUCCCGCCAGGUCCAGGAUAUGUGGGACUACCACUAUCGCCACGGACAUUUCCCGCCGCCCGACCGCCCGAUUUAG